GCGUCCCGGCGGCUUGCAGACGCCUGGGUGACUCACACGGUUUCCUCGCUUUUGCAGCGUUAACGCAGAAGUUUGGGGAAGUAGGAUUGCCGCCUACCCCAGCUGGAGGAACUAGAAAGCGGGUGGCUGGGAGACGCUGUGGAGCAGGGAGGAUGGCUGGGAGAGGAAGGGGGCUGGUUUCUGGGCGGUGCCAAGCCUGAAACGGGGCGCGGUCACCGCCGAGCCUUCCCGCGGAGGCUGAGGAGGCCACGUCCCGCUACCCCAGGGUGAAGAGGCAGCCCCGGGUUUGUCAUCCUCAGGACCUCCAGACAUGUCUGAGGGGAAGAGCCGGAAGAGGUCGGCGCCCAAGGGAGCCCCAGCGGAGCCUGGGAAGCGAAGCGAGGGCGGGAAGAGCCUCGAGGGUCGGGGCGGUGGAGGCGGGGGCUGGGCGGAUCCCCGAACCGGCUUGAGCCUUCUGUCGCUGGGGACGUGUCUGGGCCUGGCCUGGUUUGUAUUUCAGCAGUCGGAAAAGUUUGCAAAGGUGGAAAACCAAUACCAGUUACUGAAAAUGGAAACCAACGAAUUCCAAGGGCUUCAAAGUAAAAUCAGUUUAAUUUCAGAAAAGCUUGCAACUACUGAAAGUAUCCUGCAGGAAGCUACAUCAUCCAUGUCUUUGGUGACCCAGUUUGAGCAGGAAGUAUCCAGCCUCCAAAGUAUCAUGCAUGACAUUCAGAAUAGUGAAGAGAUGCUCACUCAAAAGAUGCAAAGCCUUAAUGAGAAAUUCCAGAACGUUACAGAUUUCUGGAAGAGAAGCCUAGAAGAAAUGAAUGUUAAUACAGACAUUUUCAAAUCAGAAUCAAAACAUAUACAUUCUCAAGUUACUGUCCAAAUUAACUCAGCUGAACAAGAAAUAAAAUUGCUCACUGAAAGGCUAAAAGAUUUGGAAGAUAGCACACUAAGAAAUAUUAGAACUAUAAAAAGACAAGAAGAAGAGGAUCUUCUGCGAGUAGAGGAGCAGCUUGGCUCCGACACAGAAGCACUUGAAAAGUUAGAGGAGGAACAGCAUGCUCUCUUUGCCAGAGAUGAAGACCUGACUAAUAAACUUUCCAGCUACGAACCCAAAGCUGAAGAAUGCAAGACACAUUUGCCAACAAUUGAAAGUGCUAUUCGCUCUGUUCUCAGAGUCUCUCAGGAUCUGAUAGGGACAGAAAAGAAAAUGGAAGACUUGACUCUUCAGAUGUUUAAUAUGGAAGAUGAUAUGCUGAAAGCAGUAUCUGAAAUCAUGGAGAUGCAGAAAACCCUUGAAGGAAUUCAGUAUGAUAAUAGCAUAUUAAAGAUGCAGAAUGAACUGGAUGUUCUAAAAGGAAAAGUUCAUGAUUUUAUAGUAUAUUCAAGUACAAGAGAAAAGGGGACUCCAGAAGAAUAUAAUCUAGAAAAUAAAGGAAUUGAUAGUGAUUUUUGAAUGCACUACAUUUAUCCUGAUGAACCACAUUAUUAUACAUAACCUGAUUAGUUCCAUGCUUUUGAGUUAUUUUGAUAUGCCUCACUUUACCCUACAUUAUUGGAAAAUAAGUGAGGUGUCCACACAAAUGCGUUAUCCAGAGAGUCAAAGCUUAUCUUUUUAAGCAAUAAAACUUAUUUCAAUUUUCACCAUUUUAAAUAGAAA